GCGCGUUAAUGGCGGCGGGGUGAGCUGUGAGCCGUGAGCCAUGAGUGCCGUGCCCGGGCUGCAGGAGGACUGCGAGGCGCUGCUCGGUGCCUUCCAGGAAGCCGACACCGUCCGCUUCGAGCGCUUUGCUGAGCUGUGGCGGGAGCGCCGCUUCCACACCAUCUUUCAUGGUAGAAUGAGAGCUCUGGAGAGGAAUAAGAUCACAAAGAAGACGUUGGAGCUGGCACAGCAGUACUUCUUGCCGCCGUAUGCCUUCCAGAUCCGAGUCGGCGCUCUGUACCUUCUGUACGGGCUCUACAACACGCAGCUCUGCCAGCCGAAAAUAAAGAUCAGGAUUGCACUCAAGGAUUGGCCUGAAGUCCAGAGCUUUCAACAGGAUCUGAUAGAUUCCCAGCAUUAUGAUGCAGCAUACAUCUUUAGGACACUGCGUCGUGCCAGAGCAUUCCAUUUCACAGCAAUGCCAAAGCUACUCAACUACAGAACUAAGAAGAAGAUCCAAGAGAAUGAAUGUAAAGAAGAAUUUAAAGAUCCAAGUAACAGAGUAAGCAGCCUCAUCACGAAUGAUGUAUUGGAGGAACUGAUGAAUAUUCAUGAGCACUAUCAGAAAAUGAAAUGUGCCAUAUCAGCUGACAAAUCCCAGCCAGACAAGGCCCUGAGCUUGAUAAAAGACGAAUUUGUAGUUUCUCUUAAAGACAUGGCUUUGGAACAUCAGGAAUGGCAGCAAAAAAGAUUGAAAUUGUUACUAAAAGCUAAAGAAGCUGAUGAAAUGCCAAACAGAGUGGAAGAAGGAACUUCGCUACGAUCAGAAGGUUCUGAAAGAGCAGAUGCUUUGGCUAGAAUCAAGCACAAGUCUUAUUCUGCAGUUGUUGAGGCCUCCAAAUCCAGAAGACAUCGUCAAGUAAUACUAGAAUCUUCUGAAUCAGGACUGGAUUAUGGGAAAUCUCCAAAACGAAGUAAAAAAAGCAGUAGGAGACCACAGCCAGCAGAGAAAAGAGGUUCUCUGGAAAUCAGAGGUCAGAUGCAAGCAGAAAAGGAGACUGUUACUCACCAUAUUGGGAUGCCUGUAAUCACAGAAGAAGACAGCUCAGAUACAGAAGAAGUACCUCUCUCCAAGAGGAGAAGACGACGUUAGGAUCCACUUGGAGAACACUAAUGUGAAUUGUGAUGACAAAAUGUAAAUGUCAGAUGUAACACAGAGUUCUUGUCUGGAUUCCACUGGAUGUACAACAGGAACUGGGUGGGACCAGAGCUACAGCUGACACUGGAGUACUGGUGCUGAAUGCUGUACCUCAGCAGUCUCAUGGUACGGCACCUGGUGCCUUCAUUCACCUGGCUGAUGAUUCCUGUGAGAGAAGAAGUUGCUCUGCACUGUGUGAGAUGAGAAGAGGGAGAAGAUGGUUCCUUCUUGUAUUUAGUUUCUAUAAUGCGAGUGAUCUCUUGGAACUCACCUUGACUUGCAAUGACUUUUUAGCAGACACUCUUGAAAGAACAGCUCACAAAAUACUUGCCUGUGUUUGUACAAUAAAUUAUUUCUCACUGUUUA